GUUGAAGUCGGCAACAGUUUGCUGCUGCAUGAUUUUAAAUAUUCCGACACGAAACUUCAAUCCAAUUAAGUAAGAUCAAAACAAAAAGAUGUGUAAAUAGUUAUCCAAAACAUCGAGUCCGUGUCAGUUGUGUAGUUAUUUAUUUUUUUCAAAAAACAUUUGAAAUGAGUGUUGCUCAGUUAACAUUUGCACAAAAAGCGUUAAUUGUUUAUAAAUUACUUAAAAAGGACACACCGGAAUCGAUUGCUGCUGAAUGUAAUCUUACAGUCGACGAAAUACAUUUUAUUGCAAAGAAUCACUGGCCAAUUGUUGAAGUUUCACAUUUUUUGAACAAUGUCAAUCAUUCACCAGUUAAAGGCGGCCUCUAUCCACUAAUGGAGAAUAUUUUAUAUUGCUGGUACAUCGAACAACAAGAUGUUACCAACAAAGAACUGGCCGAAAAGGCAAAAGUGUUUCUGGAUGUAUUGAAUGAACAGCCACGUUACGCAUCAGCAAAUUUACCAGUAUUUUCAGCGUCGAAAAGCUGGAUAGAUGGAUUUAAAACACGUUUCAAUAUUGCAUCACACAAGCGAAAUUCAACAGGAAGAGGAACCGAUACACCGAAAAAAAAAUCAUCGGUAAGAGGAGGACGUGAUGAGAAUGUAAACGAUUCGAAUUCCGAAAGCUCCUUGCCCGAAAAAUGGGAAAACUUUAAUGUAGUUGACCAAUCGUCAGCCGAAGAGGAGGUGGAAAAUGAAUCGACAGCUUCAAACUACAAGGAAAUAGAAAAGGUGUUUAAAACAGACUCUGACCAAUCCGAACCUGAUGUGUUGUCAGUGUCAAAUAAAGAUGUAAAUCAACGGUCAACGGAUCUUACCAGUAUUGUUGCCGACAAUGCAAACAACAACGCUGUCAAUGGCAACCUCAAUAUUCCAUCGUCCGUUUCUCUGACUGGUUUCGCUGGGCAAGAUAUUCGGGGCUCACAUGAUGUUUUCAGCGACAUGGUUGCUAAUAGUACAAAACCCUAUAUCGAUUUAACGCACGAGGAGUUCAAGAUUGUGUCAGUUGUUUCGCUGAAAGAUGAUGACCGUGUUCGAAAUGUUGAUGGCAGGACUGCGAAAGUUGUUCAGGAUUCAACUGAUGACUUCAGUUACUUUGGUGGUGAGGCUGCACCCACCGCAACUGCCACUAUCGAUUUAACAGAGAGCAACGAUGAUGAACUCGAUGGAACUUCAAUCGACGAAGAAAAUAGUAGAGAUCCGCUAUCACAAAAGCGUAAACGAUCAGUGGAUAUUACUGACCAGAAUUCUUUUGUAGAAGAAUCUCGACGCCCUCGAAAAUAUUACGGCCAAUUUCAGCAGGACUCUAAACGAACGGUAAAAACCGCUAAUUUUUUCCAAGUGAAAAAGUGAAUGGUUGAUUGCAUGAAUACUAAAUUUUUUGUUCCUCAAAAUUGUAUUUUUUGUUCAAUAAUUACCAUGAUAAACGUAUUCUAUGUCACACUGAAGUGAGUAAUAUUGUUGUUGUAAUAAAAAUGUUGGUGAUAUCAA